GCUGGCUUAUUUGCCUUGCUUCUGUUUUCUUGGAACAGUGAAUAAAAGAUACAUGCAUGAUGAAAUACAGAUAGUUAGGUUCGUGGAAAUUGGUCUCUCAGAACUCGUCCUAAUUGUUUUGAAUGAGGUGAUAUUGUAGUAAUCAUAUUUGUUUCCUGGACAAUAUUUUCCUCAUGUGUUGCAUUCUGGAAACAGUGUCUUUGGCCAGUUUUCUGUUCUUUCAUUGUUUUAAUUGUGUGACUCUACACAUGUAUCCUCACAAUUAGUGGCGCCUACAAGAAUGUCAGGCUUACCUGUAGCUUUUCUUAUGUAGUUAAAUAAAACAACUCAGGGUCUCACACUCAAUCAAACUACCAUGCCCAAUUGAAUCUUCAUCUGUCGAUUUAACUAUUAUUUUGUCAGACAAAUUUUUUACCCUUACUUUGCUUGUAUAGGAGAAUGACUAUCUGAUAGUAAUUCCUUAUGCCCACAUAUUCGACCUCAUGCUGAAAGCUCUGAAGUUGCCCCCUACAACUUACUAUCACAAGAUAUGCCCAGGCGGAAAGAAUCGUGUGACGGUUACUUUCAUUUCUUCGUUGGAAUUGCUCGAUGGUGCACUUGUUCCAAGUUCUCUGUCAGGUGCAAUCUUAGAUAGCUAUGAAGAUGCUGAAGACAGUGCUGCUAUUGAAGCUAUUAGAUUCAUGGAAAAUGCAUAUGGCAAAGAAAUGAGGGACUACCACUACACUCAUGUCAAAAAGCUUGAAAAUCAAGUGAAGCACCUGGUCAAAUGGUUGGUUGCAUCAAAUAAAACAAUCAAGAAGCUGCGCAAAACAUGCUACUACGCUGUCAGGUAUAUGAGCUCAUAUUCUGCCCAAAUAGAAAACACAACCACCGCUCGGCAUUUGAAAGGGAGGGAUAGCACCAAGGGAAUUAUGAAAACAGCGCUAGCAAGCAUUGAAGGACUGACGCAGAGGCUACGCUACAUUGCUAUGAAGUUUGAGCGCCGCCUUGAAGCAACCAGAAAUAGUUUCUGGUGAGCUUUGGUCAAUGUGUCCUGACCAGCAUGCUUCUGUAGUUACUAAAUCAGGCACCUUUUGUUUCAUAUCGA